AUGAGUAGUACAGCGCUGGAGGAGAUGCGGACGCUGUAUGAGCGGAACCAGGCGGAUGUGUCUGAAGCGAAGUCGGGCCGGACGGAUCUGAUUUUCCUCAUCCGGUUUCGGCACUGUUGCCUGCUCCGCAACCAGCGCUGCAUCGUGGCUUACCUGUACGACCGGCUGCUGCGGAUCCGGGCGCUCCGGUGGGAGUAUGGAAGCGUCCUGCCCAAUGCCAUCCAGUUCCACAUGGCAGCCGAGGAAGUGGAGUGGUUCAAUCGGUACAAGAAGUCCCUGGCAACUUACAUGAGGUCAGUGGGAGGAGAGGAGGGACUGGACCUUACACAGGACAUAAAGCCUCCUAAAAGCCUGUACAUCGAAGUGCGGUGUUUGAGAGACUAUGGAGAAUUUGAGAUCGAUGAUGGCACCACUGUCUUGUUGAAGAAGAACAGCCAGCACUUCUUGCCCCGCUGGAAAUGUGAGCAGUUAAUCAGACAAGGAGUCCUGGAGCACAUUCUGUCAUAAGCAUGCAGGACAGGAGGGACAGCCUUUGCUUGGUGGUGUGUGCAGGACUUCAGCCACUUCAGUAUUUCAGAGCACCCUCCAACUGCUCAUAACAGCUUGACAAGAAAAUCAGCUCCAAGCUUAUAAAGUAUGCAACUUCAUGACCAGCACUUCAUGACCAAAGGGUGCGUAGCAGUAACACCGUAAGCCCGAGAGUCCUGCAGUGGGUGGAGGGAUGUUUGUAAGCCCCACAGCUACAGGCAGGGUUUGUUAAUGCAGUUUUGCUUGGAGCAGUUCUUUGUGCCUUGGGAAGUAAGAGACUGACCAGCUGGCAGAGUUCCACAGCUGCCAAAUAAAAAAACUGCUUCAGCUUUCAAUGUUAAUAGCUCUUCGAGAGUCUAUGUUAUGUUCAGUAAAAGCUCUCUGACCUGG